AUAAACUUACGCGCUCAUUACACACCCAAGAGAAUAUUUAAGCUCAUUGGUAUAUUUGGAUAACAGAAUGGAUAUACCAUUAAUCAGGUCUUAUGAGGAACAGGCCAUCGACACUGUGGUGUCGGUACUGAACCGGGCAAAGGAGGCGCUCGGAGAACGACAGACGCUGAAACAGCUUGCUACAACCCGCGACACAGUCGCUCCACAAGGGAAGGUGAUCCUGACAAGCCUCAAAUGCCCCAUACCCGUUACUAGUGAAAAUCUUAUACGGAACACCAUAGAAAAGAAAUGGAAGCUCACCGAGACCUUUAUGUAUCAUUUAAAGUAUGUGAGCAGAUCCACGGAUGAAUGCUCACAGUAUUAUUACUUCGAGGCAAUCUUCAGUCAGCCCACAGCCCUGUAUCCCAUUCCUCAAGCCACUGUAUCUGUGUUCUUCCGAGUAGAGGACAAGCAGAUAUACCCACCAGAGGUCAGAGCAAUGCCGAUGAUGACGUUCAGGAUCGAAGGCCACCGCUGGGACCACGACGUGCGUCACGUGCUGCUGACGUCAGAGUCGCUCCUCGCGGUCAUUCAGAUGAAGAUGAAGUUCUACCGGCGCAUCGAGGAGUUGCAGCUGUUCUAGCGAUUGGGAGAGCUGGCACGAAAGUUGUGAGACCGAUUGUACGAGUAGCAAUUGAUAACACACAAACCAACAUACUCGUAUUAUCUUUUCUUCUCUAUAUUUUAACGACCUCUACUAACCGUACCACGCAGAAGACCAGAAGUUCCAUAUAAAAAUCUUUGCGGGCAUUUUAGCUUGCCAAGUUGCCACUAUGAUGACAAAUUAAAGUUAGUAUGAUGUCGUGUAGAAACCAAAGGGGUUUGGGUUUAAUAAAAACUACCAUACCCCUU